UUAUUUCUUAAUUAUGAAUUUCACAGUGACAGUGAGCAGCUCUACUCUACCACCUCCCCGAUCGUCGGAAGGAUCCAGCGAUCCGUCUUCCCCCUUGUUCGCAUUUCCUCUCCAAUCUCUGAUCUCGCCUCAGCCAUGUCCGCAAUCUGCCUCCUCCUCCUCCUCCUCCACUGCAUUGUCUCUUUUCGCCCUAUUGAAGCGCUGUUUUCGCCAAAAGAUCACAUCCUGAUCAACUGCGGUGGCAAUGAGACCGUCCUUUCGGCCGAUGGAAGAGCCUUUCUCCCCGACACUCUGCCGGACGCUUCGUCACCCUUCGUGCUUUCGCCCACUUCUCACGAUGUUGUUCGAGUCGACUCAUCCGGUGUCUACGGCAGCGCUAGGGUUUUCAGAGAAGCGGCCGAGUACAGAUUCCGCAUCAGGAAGAAGGGAAGGCACUUCGUGAGGUUGCAUUUCUAUCCCAUCCGAAGUUCCCUUUAUGCCAUGAAAUCCGCUGUUUUUUCAGUUAUGGCCAAUGAGUAUACUCUCAUGCGCAACUUUUCUUAUUCAAAGUUGGAUCUUGGAGAAUCUUUUGUGUUAAAGGAGUACAUUUUCCGACUAGAGCGUUUAUCGAUCAAGGUAACUCCUUUGAUUGGCUCCAUUGCGUUCCUCAAUGCCAUUGAAAUCAUUUCACUUCCGGAUGAUCUGAUUCCUCCUGUUGCGUACACUGUUCCUUCCGGGCCUUCCGUUGAGAUUCCAAGUCUUGUAGGAUUUGAGACUGCGUUUAGGAUCAAUGUGGGUGGUCCAGCUUUGGAUUCGAGUAAUGAUUCUUUAUGGAGAAUUUGGGAGAAUGAUCAUCCAUUCUUGGUCAUUUCAGCCUCAGUGCGGAAUGCCUCAACUGAUCCCAAUUUGAUCAGAUAUCCAGCUGAAGUCCCUUAUUAUGUGGCACCAAAUUCGGUCUAUGCCACGGCACAUGAAAUGGCAGAUGCUAGUGUUAGUAACCAGAAUUUCAACAUCUCUUGGGUCUUUCUCGUCGAAUCUGGGUUUCAAUAUCUAGUGCGAUUUCAUUUUUGUGAUUUUAUUACAACAACAGAAAGUCUUCUGUUCAAUGUAUAUAUCAACAAUCAGUCGGUACUAAGCCCCUUUGAUAUAUCAAACAAAGUCGGGUUAUUUAAUGCCUAUUUUGUGGAUUUCAUUGCUGAUGUCCAAAUGAAUUCAGAUAGGAUUUUGGUUCAAAUAGGCCCUCCUCAUGUUAUGGUGAACUUUCCUGCUAAUGCAAUUCUUAAUGGCCUGGAGAUCAUGAAACUCAGUGGUUUAAACAAUGAUUUUGAUGUUCAUAUAGAAAAUGCUAGUGGUGUUCAGAUGGCUAAGAACCAAAAGAAUGGUACAUUUAUCGUUGCAAUAUGCUCGGUAGGAAUGUCGUCUCUACUUGUAAUUGCAGCAAUAGUCAUCUUGUUCUUCGGAUAUCAUAGGUACAUAAACGAAUCAGAUUUGGCUGGGUUCCUUUCACCUGUAGCUCCAACUACCCACUUGGGCAACUCAGAGACAAAGAUCUCUACUCUCAGUGACGCUUCAUCUGGCGCUUCUCCUGGUAUCGGCCAGUUACUGGCCUUUUCAGAGAUACGAGAAGCAACCAAGAACUUUGAUGAAAGCUUGGUUGUUGGGAUCGGUGGAUUCGGAAAAGUGUACAAAGGAGUAUUUGAAAAUGGGCUCAUAGUGGCGGUAAAACGGAGCAACCCCAGAUCUCAACAAGGAUUAACUGAGUUUAGAACAGAGAUCAAAAUGUUGUCCAAGCUUCAGCAUCACCACCUGGUAUCUUUCAUAGGCUAUUGCCAUGAAGCUAAUGAGAUGGUGCUUAUUUAUGAGUUUAUGGGCGGAGGCCCUCUACGGAAGCACUUAUAUGGGUCUGACCUUCCACCCUUGUCAUGGAAACAAAGGCUUCAAAUAUGCAUUGGAGCUGCUAAAGGCUUGCAUUACCUUCAUACAGGAGCUUCUGAGACUAUAAUCCACAGAGAUGUUAAGACGACCAACAUUCUUCUUGAUGAUAAUUUGAUUGCUAAGGUAGCUGAUUUUGGUUUGUCUAAGAUGGGUCCUACAGUAGACCAGACUCAUGUGAGUACAGCAGUGAAGGGAAGUUUUGGCUAUCUUGACCCGGAGUAUUUUAGGAGGCAGCAACUCACAGAAAAGUCGGAUGUGUAUUCUUUUGGAGUGGUUCUCCUAGAGGUGUUGUGUGCAAGGCCGGCAAUCAACCCAGCACUGCCCAGAGAUCAAGUUAACCUAGUUGAGUGGGUGAUGAAUUGGCAAAAGCAAGGUCAGCUCGAGCAGAUAAUUGAUCCUUAUCUUGCAGGGACUGUUAGCCUUUAUUCUCUUGCAAAAUUUGGUGCAACAGCUGAGAAGUGUUUAGCAGAAUAUAGUAUGGACAGACCAUCUAUGGGAGACGUGUUAUGGAAUUUGGAAUAUGCUCUUCAGCUGCAGGAAACAUUUUCGAGUGUAGUCGGUGAUGGAGGUAGUACAAACUGUAUGCUGGGCCUCCCAGAAUGGAUUUCACAAGUGGAGAACAUCGAAAAUGAGCAUGAUAUGAUCAGUGUCUCCAGUGAUGUUACAGAUGUGGCAACAAGUAGAGUGUUCUCGCAGCUAAUGAAUCCAAAAGGAAGGUAGCUGAUUUGAUAUGGUAAGGUCAAUUUAUGUACAUAUUCUACUAAUGUAAAUUCUAAUGUUGCUACUUUUAUACCACAAUAAAGCUUUCACUUUUUGAAAACAAAACAAUCCAAAUUUUUAUUUUAUUACAUAAUAUAUAAUUCCGCUAAAACUUCAUUGUUUUUGUUAGUAGAACCACAUGCACUUACUCAGCUGUACUUUAUAGCAUCGUAUGCAGAUUUGAUAUUGUACUCAUUUUAUGGAAGUGCAUGCUGCAUUUAGCGUUCUCCUGAGAUUAAUGUGCACCAGAAAAAUUGUCUUUUUGGUAAUUUCAAAGUCGAAUUUGGUGCAUAUUAAUCAGGCUUUAUCCAACUAAAGUUCAAGAAGAAUAAUUUGGACUGAAGUAAUCAAGAAUCACACCAGGCUUUGGUUGGGAUGGAGGAUUUGUCUGAUUCCUUUCUGCAUCCCCUGUAUGCACUUACAUAACUCAGCGUCUGAAAGAACGAAGAAAAGGCAAAAAGCAUUUCAUAAAGUGUGUAAAAGAGAAGUUAGAACAGUGCACUCGUGACUCACUUUGUAUCUUCUUAUUUCCUUAAAAGUUUUUUGGUCUGCCAAUUAAUAACUACAAUUUUUCAACGGAUUAUGUAUAAUU